CUGGCAACGUUGGCUCGUCGCAGCAGCGCCAUGACAAGGGUCGAAGCGAUCACUGCAGAGGCGCCGACCAUGCUCAAAGACGUCCGACGCAAGUCGACUGAAACACACGUCGACCGCCACCGUGGCCCAUCGCUGGCGGAAAUGCGCCGAUGUUCGACGUCGAUCACCGACCUCAUCACCAGUUCGUCCGCGAGGGAUGGUUCCAUCGCACGCAGGGCACGACGACGAAGAUUUGAUGCAUCCAAAGUGGAGAAACCACCACCGCCGAACACGUGGAGGCGGCGAGUUCGCAAGCUCAUGAAGUACCCCCACGCAACCUUUGUCGGGCGCGUCCGGCACUAUGGGAUCUUGGCCGCCAUCGUGCUCAACUUUGUCCCGAUGAUGAUGGAAACCAUGGACGGUCCUGCCAACGGCGGAAGCGACCCCAAAUACCCCCAACUGCCUUCCGCCGCCACACUCUUCUACAUGGACGUGUUCUUCACGGGGGUAUCCGCUCUCGAAUUUAUGCUGCGGUGGAUCGUGGCCAAGCGGCAGCGUAAGUUUUGGACUCAAAUGGUAACGUGGAUCGACGUGCUGGGCUUGCUCCCGCUUGUGGGCGUCCUGGUCAUGAAGCACGCGUUGCGCUGGAGUCCAGCGAAGACCGCGUCCGUGGAGCAGUACCUCAAGCUAUUGCGGCACUUUCGCAUCGUUCGCGUGACGUACAUGCUCCGAAACAUCAGCGGCAUCCGCGUCCUCCAUUCGACCUUUCGCGAGUGCAUGCACCCGCUUCAAAUCACGCUCUUCUUCCUCGUUACGAUUGUCAUGACGCUCGCCACGCUCUUGUACUACGCCCAGCCGUGCUACGACGGCGCGAAUUGCACCUUCACCGACAUUAUCAACACGGGUUACUUCGUCAUGGUCACGGUGGCCACCGUUGGAUACGGCGACCAAGUGCCCGACCUGGCCAAUCCAUUCGGUGCCUUCGUCGUUGUUGUUGCCAUGAUAUUUGGCGCGCUGUACCUCGCCAUGCCAUUAGCCAUCGUCGGCAUCAAGUACGAGGUCACCUGGCGGCGGUUCGAAAACGUGUCCCGCACGACGCGGAGCACACUGGAACUUCAAGCAGAGCUCAAGGCCGUCACGAUCCAAGCGCUGCAUGCCAACGCAAACCACGUCAACGUGCUCCUGUACGAUGCCCUCGAUGCCGUCGCACGUUUGUGGGAGCUAGUCGACAAGUACAUUCACACCCCUGACAACGAUUUUUUCAUUCGCAACGACGAGCUCAACCAAGCCUUUCUCGACCUCCAUGCGACGGGCGACGAAGUUAUCGAGAGAUUUCGAACGCUCCUGCGCCAUUUCGCCCCGUUCCUUCUGUCCGAUUUGGACUCUCCUGCGACCGCCCAUCGCCUCCCCGCCUCCACGUCUAGCCUUCUCAAACGAGGCUUGACGUUGUCGUCGAUUGCAGGAGGCCUUUUGAACAAAGCGAAGCGAGCGACUCUGCAUCGGAGGGACACCCCCAUCAACGUCCUCGACCCCAACUUGACCUUUCGACAGCGCUUACGAGCCCACUUGCACGCGACCAACCAUGGGUCGUGGGCCCAUCGGUUCUACCUGACGUCCGUGCUCCUCAGCGUCGCCGUGUUUUACGCCGAGUCGGUGCCGGAACUCCAAGCGUUUGGCCCGACGUCGCAUCUCUGCCACAUGCUCAUGGAGUCGUACUGCACGUCGAAUCCGUCUCCAGCCACCGACCCUGGCUGCUAUGUGUGGCACAACACAACGGCCCUCGCCGUCCCAUUGACCAAAGCGCAGUUCUAUUGCGACAACGACGCAAAGACAGAGCGAUGCUUUGGCGUCGGCUUCAAUCAUGGCGGCAAUGCGUCCACAGGCUCCUGCGCGGCAAAGUUUGCCUACCCCGCACACGUGUGUAGUUUGCGCGAAUGCGAACGUGGCCACGAGCCGCUUGUUGAUCUGACGCACCACUGGAUCUACAUCGAAGUGUAUCUGGGCAUCACGUUCACCGUGGAGCUCAUGUUGAGGUGUUACGUGUCGAGUCGUCGCCGCCACUUUUUUCGAUCGGUGAGCACGUGGAUCGACAUCAUGGCGAUCCUUCCUUUCUACGCCCAAACGCUUGCCGGCCUUGCAGCUGGCCGCACCCCCAUCUACGUGAGCUCGCCGGCGUUCCCGACCUUUGUAACUGUCUUGCCUGUGAUGAAAACGAUUCGCAUUGUGAAGCUGGGAUGGUACUUUCAAGGAAGCUCGGUCUUGGCUCAAACAGCGUUGCUUGCGUACCAGCGGCUGACAACCCCACUUUUCUUCUUGUUCUUUGCGUGCGGGACAGCCGGGGCAGUCUUUUUUGAGAUUGAGCCCGGGACGGCGUGUUAUGCGGGCGUGCCGUGCAUGUAUUUAAACAAGGACCUCAUGACGGCCAAAAUUGCCGCGCUGUUUCCGUACGGGAAGCGCAUUCAAAUCCAGCUCGACAACCUCGUCACGCUCAAGGACAUGUGGCGCACGACGUGGAUGACGGUCGCGACGAUCACGGGCGUGGGAUUUGGCGACUUUUCGCCCCGAACGCCCACAGGGCGCGUCUUGGAUAUCCUCACGAUGGUUUUCGGGUCGUGCUAUACGGCCAUGCCGCUGUCGUUAAUCGGAGGGCUCUUUUACACGUGCUACGAGCAUUAUCUCAAACAACAAGACACUUCUCUCGACGGCGCAGCAAAGCCAUGCGUUGGUCCGACCCGCCCUGGCGAUCCUCGACCGACGAUGACCCCGAGGUUACCACCCGCGGCGUGCAAGCUCGUGACUUCCAUCCGUACCGUCGAGCGGGUCGUCGAUGGCAUGAUGUCGAAUCUAUACAAGUUGAACUGCAUGCGGCCGAAGCCAGUUGUGUUGGACAUUCCACUGGAAGCGUCGAUGUCGCCAUCCAUGGACACGUCGUCGGCCAUGGGAAUGCCUUCGUUGGGCCCCUCGCGAACAACCCUCAUGAUGCGCAUCGCUCCAGCGGAGUUUGGAUCCCCGGCGCCCGUUGUCGACAAGAUUCACGAAAGCGAAGCUUUACGCCGCUUGAUUCAAGACGCAGCAGCCAUGAUGACGACCUUUGGGCUGCAACUCCCUCAACUCGUCGAAAUCGUUGUCGCGAUGACCGGGACAGUCGACGAAAAUCGCCGCAGCUAAAUCGUCGUGGCUCGGUGAAAUUCCGUUGAACCGUAGCCAUCGAACGAAGUCAACGCCCAUCGUUAUUUCAAGACGGCUUCCAGAUCCUCAACACGACCUUGCGCUUCGGAUAACAUGGGGUUCCCGCGUCGCCGAUUUCGAGCUCUUUCAAUGCUUGCUACUGCCGUGGAUUUGCUUGCUCGUAGAGUGAUCCAUGUUGUGUUCCAAGUAUCGUACGCUCGUAUUCCGAUCGUGGCAUUUUUGACUU